AUGCCGGACUCCAAAGACAAAAAGUCCAGAUUUGGCCUCUUCGGCCACAAAGACCGCCCCACCCCUACAACCGACUCCACCUACGGCAGCGAAGCCUCCUCAGACGCCCACAAUUCUUAUCAGUCAGCGCCCAGCAUGACCGGCAGCGACAACACCGGGACGACCGUCAAUGACCAAGGACAGACCGUCACCACCACCACUACAACCACGACUACCACCACAACAGGCGGCGGUGGUGCCUCUACAACCUCUGGGCCGCACACGAGCAAUCUGGCUAACAAGCUGGAUCCCAGGGUCAAUAGUGGCGGCGAUCAGACCGAGGUUUCGGAAACGGUACAACGACGCGAGAAUGACAGACCAAACAUACCCUCGAAAUCUACGAGGAGGGAGCCGAGUCCGAAUCCACCACCGCAACAGCGAUCGAGUGGAGGAGGAGGAGGGCUGUCGUCAAUCCUAAGCGGUGGAAAGAACCACGAGCAGAGACAACCGGACAACUAUGGAAAUCAAAAUCCGCCACCACAGCAGCAGCAAUCAACUGGAGGAGGGGGUUUAUCCUCGAUCCUAUCUGGCGGCAGAAACCACGAUCAGAGGCAGCCGGACAACUACGGAAGUUCGAACGCGCCACCUCAGCAGCAAUCGAGCGGAGGUGGGGGCUUGUCGUCCAUCCUCACGGGCGGGAGGAACCACCACGAUCAGAGACAGUCGGACAAUUAUGGGACUCCGAGUAGUCCACAAGGCCAAGGCAGGCACAAUUUCUCGUAUCCGAGCCGGACGCCGCCGAACGAGCGGGCCCAGGUGCCAGCGCAAACGCAAGGUCAAGCACCAUCACAGCAGCAGCAGCAACCGCCAAGCACGCUGCAGAAUUUAAAGACGGCGGCGGUGGGGAUCCACGGCGUAGGCGAAACCCUCCGCGGCACCCUCAACUCCUCCGUCGACCGGCGCUUCCACGCCGGCCCCGAGCAACAGGCGCACAACGAACGGGUCCUGAACGCCGGCCGGCAGGAGAUUGAGAGCGGGCAUUUGAGCGAGAAUAGCAGGCAGCAAGGCGGGCCGGGGACGAAGGGGAUACUAAGGAAGAGCGGGGGACAGGGCCAGUUGAGGGUCGUGAAUGAAUGA